ACAUAACCCGGAUGAGGCUGAGCUUCCGGGGUCUGUAGCUGGAGCGCCGGAGGAAGAGCAGGAUCAGCUGAACUACAGAAGAAUAUUCCAAGGUUUCUCCUGAUUUUCAUCCCUACCAACAACCAGGAUAUUUAACUAAGAUCAGUGUUAAACUGCUGAAAGCGGUGAAGCACUAGCCAUCCUGAAGAAUCUCCAGAACACCCAGAAAUUGUUUGCUACAUUUAACAGAAGCCAAGUCCCGACAUGGAGAAACAUCAGCAAUCUGUCAAGAGUUUUACUAAACAGAGUGCUCUCAAAAAACACCAGCGCAUUCACACAGGAGAGAAACCGUAUUACUGCUCAGACUGUGGAAAGAGUUUUAAUCAACAGAAUGAUCUCAAAAAACACCAGCGCAUUCACACAGGAGAGAGACCGUAUCACUGCUCAGACUGUGGAAAGAGUUUUAAUCAACAGAAUGAUCUCAAAAUACACCAGCGCAUUCACACAGGAGAGAAACCGUAUCACUGCUCCGACUGUGGAAAGAGUUUUACUCAACAGAGUAAUCUCAAAAUACAUCAGCGCAUUCACACAGGAGAGAAACCAUUUCACUGCUCAGACUGUGGAAAGAGUUUUACUCUACAGAGUACUCUCAAAAUACACCAGCGCAUUCACACAGGAGAGAAACCGUAUUACUGCUCCGACUGUGGAAAGAGUUUUACUCUACAGAAUCAUCUCAAAAUACACCAGCGUAUUCACACAGGAGAGAAACCAUUUCACUGCUCAGACUGUGGGAAAAGUUUUACUACACAAAGUGAACUCAAAAUACACCAGCGCAUUCACACAGGAGAGAAACCGUAUUACUGCUCAGACUGUGGAAAAUGUUUUACUCAACAGAGUCAUCUCAAAAUACACCAGCGCAUUCACACUGGAGAGAAACCGUAUUGCUGCUCAGACUGUGGAAAGAGUUUUAAUCUACAGAGUAAUCUAAAAACACACCAGCGCAUUCACACAGGAGAGAAACCGUAUUACUGCUCAGACUGUGGGAAAAGUUUUACUACACAGCGUCAUCUAAAAAAACACAAGUGCAUUCACACAAGAUAGAAACCGUAUCAGUGCUCAGACUUUUGGAAGUGUUUUACUCAACAGUGUAAUCUCAAACUGCACCAGUGCAUUUACCAAUGCCUUUUUAUUGGUUCAGAAAAAUGAUUCUUAUCCAGGGAUGAUAUUUAUAUAAUUCCACGUUAUGUUUUCAUAUAUGUUUAAAUACCUCGUUUGUUCAAGCCCACAGAGAUCUCCACCACUCGUUAAACAUGUGUUUUAAACACAGAAUCAUACAUGUUACCGCUAACUUCAUAAAUUAAGAACAAAUAUUUUCUAAUCCUGAUAUGUUGAACAUUUUUCAUGCUAUGAAUGUUAAAAAAUGGUAAAAACUUUACUGAUUUACAGGUGCACUGCAUUGGCCUUUAGAACUAAUAAUAUAUUUAAAGAGUGUGGAUUUGCUUAGUUGAGUAUGCCAUGCCAUAAGUAAGAAAGGGUAAUUUAGGUGAGUUUAUAUAUUUAAUUCUGACAGUGUUCAUUUAAAGCGGCGGAACAUUUAUUGUCUUUAUGGUUUACGUGCUUUGCAGCGCAGUAAAGUUGCAGACCAAUCAUGUGUGCUGUAAGAUCACCACACGCUCUCCUCUGCCAAUCAGAUCUGUGCAGAUGCGAGAGCGCGGAGCCACGUGUAACAUGGAGGAGGCCGGAUGCAAACGCAAGUCGGUUUUAUUAGACAUAUUACAAACCAAGAAACUAGGACAAGAAAAUAAACACUAUGACUAUAAAACAAAGGACUAAACCCGGUCCAAACAAACAAAGAAGUAAAAUAAACUAACAAAGAAUCAAACAAUAUAAAGAAAACAAACCAGAACUCCGUAGACAAAACACAGAUUAACAUCCAGACAGGCUUGAACAGGACAGCAUCAAACUAAAAGCACGGCAGAGAACAAAGGAGAACAUAGGAUAUUUAUACACAGGCACACACUAGGGACACCUGUGGAGGUAGUGAGGGGGCGGAGUUACAUAUGAGAUCGGAGGGGUUACCGAUGACAGGAUGGGGCUAAGACGGAGACAAGACCAAAACAAAAACAGAGCCAUGUGAAGCACAUGAAUGACAUGGGGAAGUAAACAAAACAAGAGAACAGAGGACAAGAGCAGGAAGGAACCAAAAAUAAAGGAAAGACACUAGACAGACACAGACUAAGGUGUGACAUAACCUCCCCCCAACAGCGCCACUAUCAGAGGCGCCAAGCGAGGGAGAACAGAGGACAGGACAAGACUGGACUAGACAUGGGACAUGAGGGAAGGCUGGAGAGUGGACGAAGAAAGAGACUGGACAAGGGACUUAAACUGAACUGGGAACGUGGACUGGACAGGGAGCCGGACCCUAGACUGGGACAGAGACUGGACUGUGGAUGGGAACAUAGACUGGACAGAGGGCUGAGACUGGACAAAAGAUUGGACAGGGGACAAGGACUGGACACUAGAAAGAGAUGGAGACCAGGGACGGGAAAAUAGAACAGACAAAAGAAUGGACAGGGGGCUGAGACUGGACAGAGGGCCAAACGCUAGACAGGGAUGGAGACUGUACUGGGGACUGGACAGGACGGGACAUGGGGACGGGUACUAAAACAUUGACAGGAACUGGGACUAAUAUGGUGAUGGGGACAGGAACCGAAAAAUUACCAAACACGGGAACUGGAACACAGACAGUAACGGGGACCAAGACAGGUAGAGACAAGGAUACAUGCAUCAACAUUAAAGACCCAAGACUGGCAAAAGUCUGAGGGGCCAGCCUGGGCACCGUUCUAGGAGCUGGUAAAGGAGACCUUGGUGCGGGUCUAGGAGCCCCUGACCUGGGGGCUGUUCCACGAAGCGAGCUUAAAAAAGCGGUGCUUAUUUGAGUAAGCCUCUCUUGAGUUAGCCAAACAAUUCCAGCUAGUUCCAUUCCACUAACACAAUCCAGACUCAACCUGUUCCCACUAAUUCAAGCCAGGCUUUUGUAAUCAAGGCUUGUGCACGUGCACACGGUAUUUACACAGCCUCAGUAAUCGAGCCCUGAAAAUCGAGAAACAUGUUCAAAGAGGUGAAGGAAUGCGCUGUUUUUCUCUCCUGCUGAAAAGGAGUUACUUUUUGAUGAAUAUAAAGACAUAAUUGUGAGGAAAGGAAACAUUUCUUGUGUUAUUAAAAUUAAUUAUGAAAAUUACAGACCGAUUAAGUGCAUAAGCCUAUUUAAUCCAUUCCUUGGCAUUCCAAAAUGCUAUAGUAAAUAAAGAAAAUUGAUAAUUAUAUUCUGAUUUAGAAGCAACAUUGGGAAUUAAAAUUAACAUGGCAGCUGGUCAAGGUUAAAUAUAAAAAUAUACCAGAAUGGUAAGUGUAAUUCCAAUUGGUUAGUCUAAUGUGCAGGGAAAUGUUAAAUUUCACAUUUUAGUGUGUAUUAUGAUAUAAAUUAACUGCAUUAAAUAUUUUAGCAACCAGAAAAAAAACAGCUGUUGGUGCUACUGGUGGUGAUGUCAAUCACUGCCUACAGCCUUCAGUGUUGGCUGCUCUUUUUAUAGCCUACAUUUUUUUGCUAAUUUAUAUCACCUGUAUAAACAUAUCGGUAGGGUAGUUGUCUUUACCCAUUCACUUUUUGCAUCAUUAAAUUAACCAAACAUUUAUACUAUUUAUAUUGAACCAAUAUAAUCACAUAUGUGAAUUGAUGUAAUUAUGGAAUUUUAGAUCUACUUCAAAGUAACUUCAUCUAAAGUACCUGGGCAUCAAUAAUACUAAUAAAUGUGUUUUUGUGAUAUAGAGUUUAUGCAAAUAAAUCUUUGUGGAAAAUAACUGUGAUUAAAUACUGGAUUUCAUUUUACACUGGCCUGAAUUUGUUAAGAUUGAACCAGUAAAUUGCAAAAAAUGUUCAGACACAUUUCCAAUACAGUGCAAUACUUAAUUAAAUGUAUAGAAAUAUUAUAUGAUCUGCUGCAUCCACUGCAAUUUACUGGAUUAAACCAUGGCGGAACCUUGUUCCUGGAUUUUGUUUCCCACCCGCAAGGCUAUGGCGUCACACGGCUCAUCCAAUAGAAGCGCUGCAGCUAAGCUAAGCGUCAACUCUAGCCUGGGACAGAGCAGGUUUGUUUAAAUGUAUAUGUUGCUAUAGUAACUGGACGAGGCUUAAGUCUAGCCUCUUUUGUGGAGCCGAAAUUUGAGCAAAAUGAGCCAGGCCUGUCUUAAUAAGCCUGGCUUACUGAGUUAGCUCGCUUCGUGGAACAGCCCCCUGGACUGUUUACCGUUUUUGGAUUUUUGGAUCACCUCUGACAUGGCUGCCUCGUGUAUGAACACUGGACUGCCUUUCGACUCUGGUAUGGUCUUUGCCUCCAGGUAUCUGUUUGCUGGCGUUAUUUACUCUUUGCUGUUUGAGUUUUGUACACCCUGUGGGGUUUUAAUAAACAUCUUAACUGGA